AUGCUUUCUAAAAUGCGCUCAGUUAUGGAUAAAAAAGGAUUUGUUAGCGAUAAUAUUGAUGAUAAAUUUAAAGUUGGAAUGGUUAUCGAUGUUUCUCAAAGUAUUUUAUCCACUGGAAUAAUACCAGUUCUAAAUGUUCCGGAAAUGAAUCGCUAUGAAUAUUCACGUCCCGAAUUUCUUUAUUUUUCUGACGAGGAAAUUAUUCUUUCAUCUGAUCAUAGUACAAGGCCUGUCAUUUGUCCAAAAGUUCUUUUUAAAAUGCCUAUAAAUGCUGGUUAUGCUGAAGUUAUAAAUUCUGGAAAAACUGAUCAGAAUGAGGAUCAAGCGACAGCUAAAAUUCUUAAACUUGUGCAACAAGGUUGCAAUGCUGAGGAAGCCAAAGAAAUCAGUGUUGAUAAAGAAUCGAUCAAUCGACAUUUAAGAGCAUCGAGUGAAAUUCGUAAAGAAAGUGGUACCAAAAUGAAAUUUAGUCGUCAUUACUCUGAUGAAGAACUUAUAAGAUUACCUGAAAGAAUUAUUCCAAUUAAUGAUAGCUCAGAAGAACAUGCUGAAGCUGCUUUUUUUGCAAUAUUUGAUGGGCACGCUGGAUCUUGUGCGGCAAUUAUGGCGGCCAAUUGUCUUCAUGAACAUAUACAAGCACGUUUAAACGAAGUUUUAGAAAUAGUUAUUCAUUUGGAUCGACAAGAAACAUUUUGUGGAACUUACAAUCGCUCGCCUUCGUCUUAUUCCUUAUCCAUGACGAACGAGCAUUAUUCUCGAUGUAUUAGCAGUGAUAGUUUGGUAAUUGGUGCAAUCGAAACAGCUUUUCUUGACAUGGAUGAUAGAAUAGCUGAAGAAAAGCAAUUAUGGAAGAUACCAGGAGGAUGCGCCGCUAUUGCUGCGUUAUUUUUUCUAGGAAAAAUCUAUAUUGCAAAUGCUGGCGAUUGUCGUGCGCUAUUAAUUACUUCUAAUGGUACUCAACAAAUUAGCCAAGAUUUUACACCAGAUAUCGAAAGAAAGCGUCUACAGUAUAUUGCAUAUAAAAAUCCUGAUAUCAUCUCAAAUUAUUUUUCUCGCUAUGAAUAUAGUAGAUUUCUAACUCGACGAGAUUUAAACCGGAAAGUUUUAUAUCGAGAUUGGUUCAUGGAUGGAUGGGCUAUAAAAACUGUUUGCAAUUCGGAUUUAAAAACUCCAUUAAUAUGCGAACGAGGAAAAAAGUAUAGAUUAUUGAAUACGAUUGGCGUAAGUCGUGCACUCGGCGAUCACCAUCUUUUUACAGCAGAAGAAAAAGUUCCAAUAAAACCAUUUCUUUCCGCAAUACCCGAGGUAAAAGUCAUUGAUUUGCAUAAAUUAGAUUCGUUAUCUGAUAAAGAUGUAUUGAUUGUUGCAUCUGAUGGAUUAUGGAAUGUUUUAAGCAAUGAAGAUGUUGCAAAAAUAGUUAAAUCCGCUUUAGCUAAUACCGAUUCAUCAAUUCAUCUCAAAUACACAAUGGUAGCUCAAGAGCUUGCGAUUGCUGCCAGAGGUAAUCCAACAGAGUCACAUCGAUGGCUGAUGACUGGCGGCAAAAGUGCUUCAUGCGAUGAUAUAACUGUAUUUGUUAUACCACUGAAAUAUGCGAUUGGACCGUUCAGUCCGGAAGAUGACGAUGAUGAUGCAAUGCUUCAGUAG